AUGGUGAAACGGUCGCACUGCAGCAGCAGCAACAGCGGCGGCGGCCACCGGCGGAGUGUUGUGGUGACGGUCAGCGUGUUGGCGUUAUACGCCGUGUUGUGCGGUGGCGCGGUGUCGGGCACGUCUGCACUCGGGGACCGGGCCGCGUAUUACGGCGUAGCGGCGGCCGCGGAACGUGUGGACGACUUGGCGCUGGUGGCCGCGGUCGCGGGCUCGGCGGCCAGGAACGGCCGGUCGUCGGCCAACCUGUCGCACAUAACAGGCACCGCCAGGAAAAUCAAGAUGUUCAUCAAAAACAGAUACCUGCAGGUGUUCCCGGACGGCACGGUGAACAGCACGGCCGAGGAUACGAACGAUUAUGUUAUCCUGCAAAGAACUUCGGUGAACAUGGGACAGCUAAACAUCCAAGGCGUAGCGACGUGCAUGUACUUGUGCAUGGACGCAUGCGGCUUACUUUAUGGCUCGAAGGACUUCGAGGACGAAUGCGUGUUCAACGAGAUGAUCGAACAGAACCAUUACAACACGUACUCGUCCGUCAAGUACACGAACGACCGGCGCACCCUUUACCUGGCGCUCAACAAGCGGGGCACGCCGCGCAAGGUGCAGAUAAAGGCGGACGCGCCGCUUGGCAAGCUGUCCACGUACACGCGGGUGCUGACGCAACCGGUGCCGGCGGAAAGGGUGGAACGGCUGUUGGCCAACCGGCGCCCUUUGCAGUCGGCCGAGUGGCCGGCGUCCAUACCACACGCGCACCGGCACCAACACGCGUGUCCACCGCACAUGGGGCCUCCGCACGCCACCGCCAAGAACCGCAAGUCCCUGGGCCGCAAGUGCCAGGUCAAAGGCGGUGGCGGUGGCGGCGGCGGCGGCCGGAAGAAGAACAAGGACGACGGGAACAGGGACAGUGGCAGCAGAGAGGACGAAGACUGCGGCGGCGGAAACAAGAAGAACAACAACCGGUGUGGCGACGGCGGCGACGAAAUCAGUCACCGGAAAGUGGAUGCCGCCGGCCGGAAAAAGAAAUCGAAAAAACCUACGGCCGGCGGCGGCAAAGGCGGCAAAGGCGACAAGCCGCAGCGGCAACACGGCGCAAAGGCCGGGAAAAAAUCGGAGACUGGCGCUCCGCCACCACCGCCGUUGGAACCAGUCGUCGCUGUGCAGGCGGUUACCACGGUCGUGGCCCCGUCGUCGAUUGUCGACGCUGACGGCGGUGCCGACGACGACGAAGACGACGACGCGGUGGCGGCUUUGGCGGCCACUGCUCCGACAGACGAGUUCCUACAUUUUAACGACAAUUAA